AUGCUGGAUCCAAGGCCCGCCAUGGCUGACAAAAUAGACAUGUCUUUGGAAGACAUCAUUAAGCUGAACAAGAUCCAGCAAGGACAUCAUGGCAGGCCUGAUUACCGGGUGAAUCGAGGCACUAGACCUAAGAAGUAUGGGCCACCUGUCACCCAUGGUGGAAGGAAAAGGCUUCCACCAUACUGCAGACCAAAACAACUUUCAGACAAGUGGCAGCAUGACCUAUUCAUUGGAGACUUCAUGGGUCAAACCCACGUGGAUACUGGUGGGAAGCUGUUCGUGUCAAAUCUGCACUUCGGAGUGUCAGAUGCUGAUAUUCAGCUACUCUUUGCUGAAUUUGGAACGUUGAAAAAAUCUGCUGUGCACUAUGAUCGCUGUGGAAGAAGUUUAGGGACAGCACAUCUGCACUUUGAAAGGGAAGCAGAUGCCCUGAACGCCAUGAGAGAGUACAAUGGCGCCUCUUUGGAUGGCCGCCCUAUGAACAUCCAGCUUGUCACCUCAAAGAUUGAUAGACAAGGAAGACCUGCACAAAGCAGAAACAGGGGUGGCAUGAAAAGAAACCCUGGCUCUGGAGGAUUAAGUGGUNCAGGCACCAAGAGAUGGACACUUGGAGGCAGCCAGGGAAGAGAGAAAGGAGGCACCAGCAGGAACUCAAAACUGCAGCAGCAGAAGAAGAAGCAGUUGGAGCAGCAGCAACAGCAGCAGGAGCAACAAGAGCAGCAGCAGGAGCAGCAGCAGGAGCAGCAGCAGGAGCAGCAGCAGCAGCACAUAUCUAAAGAGGAGCUUGAUGUCCAGCUGGAUGAUUAUCAGGAAAUUAUGGACAGCAGCUACACAACUGAGCAAAGCUGCACAAGAUCGGGACCCAGAGCCUG